UUAUCCGUCAAAAUUAAGUAAUAAGCAAAAUUAAUUACUUGAUUGAAAUAAAAUACUUUCAAUUCAUUAUGAAUAUUUCUAAAAUAUUAAAGUGUUCUACUAAUGGUAACAAUAAAGUGUCAGUUUAUUCAUUCGAAACACCUGUUGGUAGAAUAAUUGCAGGUGCUGAUGACAAUUUCCUAUAUUUUGUUAUAUUUGAAGAUUCAAAAAAUUUCGAGCGAACUAUCCAAGCAAUUGCCAAACAACUAACAUGUAAUUUUGUUGAGGAAAAAAAUAAAAUUUUAGAUCAAUUCGAGAGCGAAAUCAAAGAAUAUUUUGCGGGAGAUCUCCACAAGUUCACUAUUCCUAUAAAAACUUUGGGCUCAGAGUUUCAAAAAGAUGUCUGGGAUAAACUUCUUGAAAUUCCAUAUGGAUCAACAAAAACUUAUGGUGAACUUGCCAAGGAUAUGGGCAGACUAGCGAGUCAUUCCCGGGCAGUAGGUGCUGCUUGUGGUGCAAAUGCUCAUCUACUUGUCAUACCUUGCCAUAGACUUGUGGCUUCUGGUUCAAAUGGAGGUUUCAGCAGUGGAUUGGACCGCAAGGAAUGGUUGAUAAAGCAUGAAAAAGAGUUUGCUUAAUUUAAGUGCUAUAUUGAGGAACUAAAAAAAAUUAAUGUACAAAAUAAAACUUAUAUAUCAAUAUUAUGUUUGUACAAUAUUAACAUUUAACUUAAAGAAUUAGUUACAGUAAAAACUUAAGUUUUAAAUCACAAUAAGUU